UGGAUCUCGCGCAUGAGUCAUUCUCUCUCGCUUCAACCGGUUCAGCCUGGUCCUGCCAACUUUUUUAGCGGCUUAUGUCUAGAAUUUUCUCCCCUGUGAAAACUCAUCUGUUGAAGUGGAUAAACAAGGAAUUUAAGAGGAAAGGACUUCUCUGUCGGACAGCACCAUGUGGAUCUUGAUCCUCAUACCAUUUUUGCUUGCAGAGCCCUCGACCUCAACCUCAACCUCACUAGAUCUAACACACGCAAAAGGCGUGUUCAACACUACUGUGAUCUUGCCUUGUCAGAAGCCGUGUCACGGUGUUGUGAAAUGGGUGAAGGCAAGACCUCUUCCUCCCCAAACGAUUGCUCACUGUGUAAACGGAACCUGUGCUGAUUUUGGGAACAAAGCCACAGUCGGUCUCUUUGGGAACAUCUUCCUCUCGCUCCCUCAAGCAGCACUCACUGAUGAGGGAUGGUAUGAAGGCCACUGUGAUGAUGAAGUUAUUUGUGACAUCACACUGGAGCUCUCAGCUCAUAACAGCACUGCGGAGGUCCAUAAAGGUGAUGCCCUAUCCUUUGGUCUUCUAAGUUCAGAGCCAGUGAGAGUGACGUUCCGUAAGGCAGGCGUCAGUAACUCCACUGAUGACUUGGUGUGUGUCGUAGAGGGAGCUGUGCCCUUAUGCGUUAGAGAAUACAGCAGGAGAUCAUCUGUCCAGGACUACACUGUGAUCUUUACUAACGUGACUGAAUCCGAUGAGGGUGUUUUCACUGUGAUAGACAGCAACACCACACGAAUCCUCAACACCAUGAAGCUUACCAUCAAAAAUGGGUCAAAUCUUCAGAAAACCGUCCCCUUGAAGGUUGUGUUUACCUCAGAAGGCAGGACCCACCCAUGUGUCUCAGGCUCCCAGACAGACGACGUGCCCCGUUGUGAAAUUCAUCACAAAACACCACACUAUUUCAUAACGCACCAGAAAACUCUGACAAUUGAGCGAGUGUUCACAAUAAAAGAUCAGAUGAAUGAAGAUGUUGGUACUUUCAAGGACACCGUAAAUGUGACUGUCUCAGACAUUUGGCAGCUCUCCAUUCUGUGGCAAAUCACUCUGUUUGUCGGGGGUUUCCUCCUGAACAUGUUCCUCUGGCGAAUCCUAGCAUUUGCCAGGAGAACAUAUAAUAGGAUAAAAAAAAGAGCUUCUACUCCUCCAAACCCAGAAGAGAAAGGUGGGCUACCCCUGUUACCCUGCACUGGACCGCCACCCCAACAGACUGAAUCAGAGCUGGACCCUGAGGCUCAAACAAAGGACAAUGGACAUUUAGUGAAAGUCGGCGCAAGUGCAAUUACAUUUCCUGCGGUAUAACAGAAAACAUCUAAUCCACCAUUAUCACCAUUCACCCAUUUAUUAUCAUCACAUCCAUGUCAUAUAGUGCGGUACCCACUAUGUCAUGUCACAUUUACUGUCCGUUUCCAUACACAACCCUGGUUAAUGCAUACAUACUGUUACUCACACUUUCUCACACACCGCUCCAGUCCUGCUGCUUGUGUGCGGAAGCGUGCCGCUGAAGAGCGGUCUUUCUCCGCGUCCGGAGGGAGAAGGGAAUUGGCAUUAGGGGUGUUUGAUGUGACAAUUGUUAUGUAUGUAUGUUAAUAAUAUGUGUAGUGUGUGUAAGAUGUGUAAAUGUGGUAAAUCUAUGGUUUUGGAUGCAUCGGUGUACUUGGUGGUGGGCUUAGGUAUAUAUUAAUUCCA